CCAUGUUGACUCGCGCGUAAGAACACAUCGAAAGCAGUUCCAGCGUGUUUACGGAGUUUAAAAGUCUAAAUGUAAGUGCAACUUCUGGCUCAUUUCUUCUCGUUAAUAAAGACGAUCACUUUUUACGUUGAUAUUUUCAACGAAAGAAGACAUUUCAAUUGUAUAUCGAAUCUGAGAGACGUCGAAAAGGAGGAAGAGGUUGGACAAGUAUAUGUAUAGUUGAAACGAGAAAAGAAUAAAGAAAACAAGAGAGUGAGAGAGAGAAACGAUUAGUGGCUCUCUCGAAUAUCGAGAAGAGAGCGGAGUAACGUGGGACUAUUUGAAAAUCGCGCGUGCAUGGGUAGUGGCCGCCUAACGGCGUCGUCUCGCGGUUUCGACGGAGACGUAUCGCGUUCGUCAGUCGGUGGAAUUGGAACGCGCUGACUUGUUUACCGUGCGUACGUUCGUAAGUUUAACGUUUUUUCGACACCUGGCCAUACGCCGAUUCGGAAGAAAAAGACGGACGACAUCCAUUUUUUUUCUGCCUACGACCGUUGUUUGUCUUUUCUUCAUCUCGUCGUCGACGAAGAAAACGAAGGGAUUUGGCCGGUUCAUUUUAUCCUUCUCCUGCGUCGUUAAUAUUGGACGAAAGAGAACAUACACGCCUAACUUCGUUCCUGCUGUUUAGAGCGAUGAAACAUAUCAUAAGCUAUAUCAAGGGAAAGCAACUAAUGGUACACCAUAUACAUAUGUAUGCAGACAUCACACUUACCUACCAGAAAUUCAAGGAAGAAAGGAGAAUAGAGCCGAAACAUGCCGGAAGAACAAAAAUCUGCUGCAAUACCGCCAGAAGUCACAGCGGAAAAUGGCACCGGAACUAAUUCGCCGACCAAAAGUCCAGUUAGCAAAGGAAAAAUGGCUUUGGCGAAAAUCACUUUACUAGAUGGCACCGUGAAAGAUUUUUAUAUCGAUAGAAAGGCGAAAGGACAGGAUCUCCUCGAUAUGAUAUGUCAAAGUAUGAAUUUACUCGAGAAAGAUUAUUUUGGCCUUAUCUACGAGGACAAGGAUGAUUCAAGGAACUGGUUAGACCUAGAUAAAAGAAUUGUCAAAUUUGUCAAAAACGAACCGUGGAAAUUCAGUUUCGAGGUCAAGUUCUAUCCUCCGGAUCCAGCUCAGUUACAAGAAGAUAUUACGCGUUACCAAUUAUGCUUACAAAUUAGAAACGAUAUUAUUAAAGAGCGUUUACCGUGCUCUUUCGUGACCCAUGCUCUUCUUGGAUCUUAUCUAGUUCAAUCAGAAAUUGGAGAUUAUGACCCGGAAGAACAUGGAAGAACGUAUUUGAAGGAUUUUAAAUUUGCUCCCAAUCAGACACCAGAAUUAGUGGAGAAAGUUAUGGAUCUUCACAAAACACAUAAAGGUCAGUCUCCAGCCGAAGCAGAACUGCAUUAUUUAGAGAAUGCAAAGAAAUUAGCGAUGUAUGGAGUUGAUUUACAUCCGGCGAAAGAUUCAGAAGGUGUUGAUAUAAUGUUAGGUGUCUGUUCAUCUGGUCUUCUCGUUUAUCGUGAUCGCUUAAGGAUAAACAGGUUUGCAUGGCCGAAAAUUUUAAAGAUUUCUUACAAAAGGCAUAAUUUCUUCAUAAAAAUACGGCCUGGUGAAUUCGAGCAAUUUGAAUCCACGAUUGGUUUCAAACUUGCAAAUCAUAGAGCAGCUAAAAAGUUGUGGAAGGUCUGCGUAGAGCAUCAUACUUUCUUCAGGCUCAUGAGUCCAGAGCCUGUAAAGAAAGUUGGAUUAUUACCACAUUUAGGAUCUCGUUUCCGAUACUCUGGGAGAACGCAUUAUGAAACGAAAAAGACUCCUAUAGAUCGACAACCUCCUCAAUUUGAGAGAUCUCUAAGUGGUCGUCGUCUUACAUCACGUAGCAUGGAUGCCUUAGGUGGUCCUAAACCGGUUGAAACUUACGGCUCAGAACCAAGUAAACGUCAUACUAUGAGUUACGAGCCUGAAAUGAUUCCUGAUAUGGAACACAUUGAUCAACGGCCUAGUCCUAUUAAAAAACAAAAGGAGAAGCUCACACGAAAAACAAGUGCUGGAACAACAUCUGCCAGCAGUACCAGUAGCCUGGAAGGAGAGUAUGAUGCAGAUCGUACCAAAAAGAAACCGGUCGGAGGAAUUGCAGUCCUACCGCCCGGUGGUCUUUCUAAGAAGAAGAAGGAUAAACAAAAUGAAAACGAGAAGGAAAACCAUAAUGAUCUGAACAAUUCUAAUUUAAUUAAUGAUAAUGCUCUUCUUGAUAACAAUGAUGAGAAAUCGCCCAGUAAAAAAGACUUAAAAAAAAAGGACAAGGAAACUCCAGAAAAAAAGGACAAAGAAAAGAAGGAAAAAAUUAAGAGUCCUGUUGGUGGUUUCCUCUUCGGCAAAAAAGAAAAAGAGAAGGAUAAAGAAAAGGAGAAAGAUAAAGAAAAGGAUAAGGAAAAAGAGAAAGACAAAGAAAAAGAGAAGAAAAAGGAAAAGGAGAAGGAUAAAGAAAAAGAAAAGAAAAAAGAGAAGGAAAAGGAAAAGGAGAAAGAAAAACAGAAACAGAAAGAAAAGGAAAAGGAAAAACAAAAAGAAAAAGAAAAGGAAAAGCAGAAAGAAAAAGAAAAACAAAAAGAAAAGGAAAAAGAAAAAGAAAAAAGUAAACAAAAAAAGCAAAAAAAGAAAGAUUUGGAUGACUCGAUAGAAAAACAUGAUAUAGAAUCAGAUGUUUCAACGUUGGGAAAAGAAACGGAAGAAAUACGCGAAAAAAUAAUCAUGGAUAAAUCAAAAGAUUCUGCUAUGAACUCUGAUCGUCCUGGUUAUACAAAGCCGUAUGAUUAUGAAGAAACAGAAACUUCAUCUACGAGAAAACCGUUUACGCCUCAUGGUUUCUCUUACGAAGACAGACCGGCAUCUCCAGGUGUACGAGAUCAACAAUCUCCUACUGCUGCUAGUCGCAAAGCAACGGGUUUAGCAUUUAAUUAUGCUCCAGGUGAAGAGAAAAAAGUAGUAGAAUCAGUGGAGAAAAGAAAAACGAAAGACAUAGAUAAACUACAACAAGCUGGAAUAAAAACUCCUGGGCUCAAUUACGUCGAGUCGGCUGGUCUUAAAGAACAACAAAAAGCUACAACUUACAGGCUACCUAAUCAAAAAGAUUCUUCUCAGGGUGAAACUCCAAAUGAUGAUAGAUCCCCACAUAUGACAACAACGACCGUUACUACGCAAAUUACAGCAAUGCAUGAAGGGCUUGAAAAAAAUCCAAAAGCAAGUCAGGCAGAGGCAUCAAACUAUGGUAAAACUCCAUAUACUUCAGCAUCUGUUAUUGCACGUGCUGCAGCGUUGCAUGAAGAUUUUGACAAAAGUUCCAAUACAAGUCAGGCACAGGUACCAAAUGACGGUAAAACCUCUUACACGUCAGCAUAUGUCACUGCACAUACUGCAGCAUUGCAUGAAGAUCGUGAAGAAAGUCCAAAAGCAAGUCAGGCAGAGGUACCAAAAGACGGUAAAACCCCUUAUACAUCAGCAUCUAGUACUGCACGUGUCGCAGCAUUGCAUGAAGAUUUUGAGAAAAGUUUAAAACCAACUCAGGAAGAGGCAUCAAGUGAAGGUAAAGUUCCAUACAUUCCAAUAACAGCUGGUAUUGUACGCACUGCAACAAUGCAUGAAGAUUUUGAGAAAAGUCAAACAGAAAGUCAGACAAAAAUGCCAGAUGAUAGUAAAACUCCCUAUGUGACAGCUGUUACUGCACGCACUGCAACAAUAUUUGAAGACUCUGAAAAAAGUCGUAAAACAAAUCAGACAGAAGUACCAGAUGAUAGUAAAAUCCCAUACAUGACAGCAGUUACUGCACGUACUGUAACAAUGCAUGAAGAUCAUGACAAAAAUCAAAAAGCAAGUCAGGCAGAAACACCAGAUGAUGGUAGAGCCCCAUACAUGACAGCAACGGCUGUUACUACACGAACUGCAACAAUGCAUGAAGAUCUUGAAAAAAAUCAGAAAACAAGUCAGGUAGAGGAAAAGACUGUAGCAUACUCAACUGCGACCAGUACAACAAGACAAGAACAAAGAGUAGUAACACAAGAAGUUCGGACUACAAGUCAUGUGCUUUCGGGUGAACAGCUGUUUUCACGAAGGCUCAGUACAUCUAGUUCAAGCAGCGGAGAUUCAGGUACACCAAUUGAUCUUGAUGAUGACCAACAAGCUUUCUACAAUCAAUAUUAUCAGGGUGAUCCUGCAAAUAUAGUAGUAACUGAAACACACGUAUAUACUGGAGAGCCUGAUAGUAAUGUAACAACUACAACGACAGUUCCAUUAGUUGCAACUGAAACAAGGAAAGUUGCUUUAGAAAGCGAAGAUGGGAAUUACAGUGCAACAGGUGAAAUUGUUAGUUCCCAAACGAUAUCGAGUAAAACUCGUACUGUCGAAACAAUAACAUACAAAACUGAACGGGAUGGUGUAGUGGAAACACGCGUAGAACAGAAAAUAACAAUACAAUCGGAUGGUGAUCCGAUUGAUCAUGAUAAAGCUUUACAGGAAGCUAUUCAAGAGGCUGCUGCAACAAAUCCUGAUAUGACAGUUGAAAAAAUAGAAAUCCAACAGCAGAUGGCACAGUAACAACCUCUUCUAAAAUAGAAUCUAUAAUUAUAUGGCACUCUGUCUGAAAAGCUAUGAUAUCUUCAAAGCAAAGAAAUAUGAAGAUACGUGUUUGCAUUUAUUACAUAUUGCAUACUGUUAUGCAUCUUUUUGAUGCAUGAUCGUCAGACUGAAUUAUCGUCAAUAAGCCCUUGCGUACAUUCAUUUAAUUAUGAUGCCUUUCCUUAAAGGAUUUGGGAAAUUGCUUCUUGAAGCUUACCCAAUUAUAUGAGUUAAAGCUUGAUUGAAAAUCAAGUUCGUUAGUAAAAGAAGAAGUCAUUAAUAAAGUUUUUUAUGGAACGUAGUACCUUAUACCAUAAACAAUCGUGUUCAUGUUCAGAUAAUUAAAAGUGUAUGUGUAUGCACAUACCUUGAUAUUUAUUAUACAUAUUACAUAUACAUAGAUAUGUAUGUAUAUAAACAAAUGAAUAAGCCAUUAAUAUUUACGAAAAGAGGACAGAGUGCCCUUCAGAUAAAAAUUUUGAUAAUUUUAAAUAUUGAUUUAAAAAAAAAAUCAAUGUCGUCUAUUCAUAAUUUUCAUAUGUGAAAAAAGAUAGCUUUUACAAAAUGAUAUUACUAAUUUCAAAAGUGUAUAAAGUCACUAAUUCUGCUAUUAAUGCAUUGUCAUACUUUUGACCUCUAUAUCGUUUGAUUAAUCCUUGAGCAUGGUCUAUACAAAUAAAAAUAGAACAGACUAGUUUCAUUCAAAUGUUUGAACAGUCUUAUAAUAGUAUUACAUAAUUACUUACAAGAUAUACAAUUUUUUAUUAUUCCAUGCAUACAAGGUUUGCUCACUAAUAUUCUGUAAAAUUUGUAAGUGAUAAGUAAUAAAUACACAUGUAAUAUCCAUUCAACUGCUUAAAUGCAAAUGAAAUUAGCUUAAUUGCUAUGUAUGUUCGUGUGUGUCACAACUGAAACAAGGAAGGUUGCUUUAGAAAAUGAGGAUGGGAAUUACAGUACAACAGAAUGAAAUUGUUAGUUCCCAAACGAUAUCGAGUAAAACUCGUUCGGUCGAUAUAAUAACAGUAAGUAUAAGAAUAUGUCCUAGUUGUUCAGCGUUUUAUACAUAUAUCUGUGUAUUAUUAUGCUGUACUACGAGGACAAUUGAAAUCUUCAAAGUUUCCAACUCUAUAAUGUUAGUGUUAAGCAAUAUACAAAACAAAGAAAGUAUAUUAUUAGAAGUGCUAAUUAAUUUUCAUUUAAUAAUGUCGUUGGUGCAUGAAAGACACCACAGUUUUGGAAACUGUGCAGAUUUCCACAUUCUACUUUAAAAGAUAUAAUAAUUACUAAAAUAUUAAUAGAGAUUAAUAGAUUAUUAUAUAAAUAAACACCAACAGCAAUGAUGCAUUGGUCAGCGUAUAUGUCUAAAUUUAGCUAUAGCUUAUGUAGUUUUAGAACUACAUUUCAGAAGAUGAUUCAUUUUCUCAUCUCAUAUUUUAGAAUUUUAAUAACUGCAAUUUUAUUGUACAACUAAGUACUGAAAUUAAAGGAGACAAUGUUUCUCUCUUCUGUCGUUUAUGUAAUUUUCAAUUUAAACUAUUUCUUGAAUUUAUCACAAUUCUGCAUAUAUACUGAUAUUUAUAACAGAUAUAUAUACUAUAUAUAUGAGAUAUGGUAUAUAAGGAUAUGCAUAUCAAUGGAUAGUUGAUCUUUUUACAUAUAGUUUUCUUUCUUUAAUAAAUUAGACUUUAUUAAAUUAGACUAAACAGACUUUAAUAAAUUAGAGAAUUAUUGAUUUAAGAAUAAUUUAGAGAUAAUAUAUAUGGUAUAAAUACUUUAUUGCUAUUAGUUAAUAUGUAUCUUGCACAAAUGAUACAGUGUUACAAGCAUUAUAUGAUUAUUGCUUAUAAAGAUUUUUCAAUUUUUUAUUUUUAUACUUUUACAGGCUUAUUAAGAGAUAUAUAUUCUAAUUUUUAUGUACAUACCAUGAGAAAAUACUUUUAAAGUUUUUUAAUUUUGCUUUAUGUUAUAUUUAACGGUUAUUUUUAUUUUAUACUUUUAUUAUAGAUGUGCAUAUUCAUUCUUCAAAAUAUGAUUGACAAACAACAGAUUUUAUGCUACGUUGUCUUUGGAAAUAUUUCAGUCAAACUAUACACUUAAAAAGAAAAUAUUUCGUUUUGAACAAUGUAAUAUAUCAAUUUCAAUUAUCUAUAAAGAUAUUUAUUUUUGUUUCAUUUAUUAUCAAAUAAAAAUGCUUUAAUUAUAAGAAUAUCUGCUAUUAUUUUUUAAGGAAAAUCCUAGAAAUUGUUUGCAUUAGCAUUAAUUAUGAAAUUAAAAUAUGCUUUGUAACUACAAAUGUAUUGUAUUAUGUACUUUCGCUGCAUUAACAUUGCAUUUAUCGAAAGCACAUAAUCAUAAUUAGUUUGAAUAUUUUAUGAAUACUUCAUGACAUGAAAUUUUAAAAUAACGGAUAAAUUGUGUUAUAUUUUUAAAAAUCUUGAAAUUAUUUGAAAAUAGUAAUAUAAAGUUCUUUGAGAGUUUAGUAUAUAUAUAACAUAUAUAUAGUAUAUAUAUAUAUACAUAUAACAAAUUUUAAACGAUUUGCAUUGUUUUAUUUUCAGAUUUCAUAAAAAAUGUCAUUUUGUACUGUGUCUAACAUUCCAUGCUUGUAGUAACUAAUAAUUGUGUAUCAUAAAAAAAUGUAUCAUUUGAAUAUUAUUUAUUUAGAACUUCUUAAAAGAUUAUUAUAUUUAUAUAUUAUUUCAGCUUAGAAAUAGUAUGAGCUUUUGUGUCAGUGUUAUAGUCUAGCAUUAAUUACUUUUAUGAUAUUAAAUAAAAAGGCAGAAACUAAAUUAUUAUACUUGUGUAAUAUUUGAAGUACCAUUGACUCUUGUAUUGUUCAGUUGGAUUUAAAUUAUCAUAAAACGAAUUUUAAAGAUUAUGUAUGGAUUUUCAAGCAGCGUACAAAUGUAGUAUAUAAGUUUACAUUCUGAUAUUUUUAUUGUUCAUUUAUUUCAAGUGUAUUUAUAUUACUACAGAUUGAAUACAUAUAAAAGUGUUAUAUCUUUCUUGAAAUGAA